AUGGCUGAUGAAUGCAAGCUGAUCUAUGCCCCUAGACGAAGAUGUCUGAGCUGGGCGGUUGAGUGGAUAUUCCCUAAUGGCCAGAAAACGAUAACCAAGUGCUUAGAGAGUACCAGCGUUGGAACGGCACUCACUCGCGUGCCCCUAGUUAAGGAACUAGGUUUUGCCAGCUGCGUAAACGAUGAGAAGAUCACAGAGCCUCCGGCAAAAAAGAGGAAAGUAUCCAUUGAAAAGAACGCCAGGAACGAUGCUAUCGAUCCAGUGGAAGGGAGCACAGUCACAUCUUGCACCCUUGAAGGUUCUGUAAGCGUGGAAGAAGGGGGUGAUCCCGUCCCAGACGAUGUAUCUUCAUCUAAAACACUGAGCCCUGGACCUGCAUUCCCGUCCGCAAACGAAUGCGAGACCCCCCUAACGCCGCUACCAGUAUCUCUAACAUCCACAGCUCCACCAGCACCCGAAGAUAACCCUCUCACUAACAAUGAUGGUUCAUCAACUCAACUACAUAUCUACCUGCACAGGCCGCAGACAUGCGCCAAAGUUCCGGUUCUCAUACCGGUAGCAGACCAGUCAAUGGCCUUGGGAGCGGUGCUUCGUGACAGAACCGUCCUCGAAUUCCCCACUUUUUAUGUGCUUGAGCAUUCUCCAGACCAGAUAUCAGGUGAAAAGUAUUUGCUGGAAGAACAGUACAUAACUCAGUUUAAAGAUGAUAUCGACCCAGACGGCUCCGGUGAAGAAGGGGAAAUAGAUGAAGAGGAAAGCGAAGAAGGAAAAAGACUCGCUGAGUUGAAUGCUUUAAAGGUAAUGGAAGUACUCAGGAAAGACCUGGAAGCAAAUGUUGCAUCAUAUUUUGAAUAG